AUGUUUACCACUCAAUCGAUUUUGACUUGGCCGGAUGAGGACCAUCUGUCUUUUCCCGUUAUUAAUCAGAAUCAUCAACGUUUAAAAGGAUCCGCUUUUUACUCAUUUUACUCUGUCAGUCUGGUAUCAUGUAGUCUGAGGUGCCAAAGACAUCAUCGGUGCUUUUCUUCGAAUUAUCGCGACGCUUCUAAUCUCGGCGGAAUUUGCGAGAUGAACGGGCGUGGAGCAGAACCGCCCAUUGAAGAAAAUGAAGACCUGGAAUAUGACAAAAAGUCCGUUUACACUCAUUUUCGUAACAAGAAGGUAGGUUUGAAGACUAUUUCUGUUUUCAAAGAAAAAUACCCAUCUAUGCCUCUGUUUUAGAAACAUUCAGGAAUAUUUUUGACUAAACUCAUCAAUCAUCAUCAAUCUUUAUUUAUACACGAAAUCGUGAACUGACGUGUAAAACGAAGUAUCUUCGACUCGAUCAACGGAAUUGCUUCAAUAAAUUCCCUCAUCAUCUAGCCUACAACUGAAUUUAUCACUAGUAACAGACCUGCAGUGCUUAAUUGCAUAUACGUCAAAAUGUCCAAAAUUGUUUCCUCGCGUUUAUAAAGAGCAAAGCAGAUAAUUGGUCAUAUAAAAAAGCUAUUGUAAUAUAACUGCAUGUCAAGUGAAUAUUUUUUAAUCAAAAAAUGAAAUUCUUGAUCCUUGGCCGAUCUAGUCCGGCAAGCCAUGCGUCGUUUUGACGCUAUCCAAAGAAGAUCAGAGGGUCUUUGUGGCACCUUAUUGAUGAACUAUGGACUAGUAGAGCUAGAGUUAAUUGUGAAAGAUGGGAAGUAACAUUUUAAGACCGACGAAGACACGCACGUAGUAUUUGGCUAUGCAAUAAGAAGAUUGAGACUGCAAGUAGUUUAGGACAUUAGGUGUAAAAUGUUUAACUAAUACACCCCAGCUUUCAAGGUUUUUUCAAGUUUUUCAUCAAAUCUAGUUGGCGAAUUUAAAUUUUUUAGAUUUAGAUGCAUUUGUAAAUACUGCAUUUGCCCCUGAAUUUGCAACCCCAUCGAUACCCGUGAAGUUAUCUUUGUGUCUGUACUCUACCGUAUUUAUUCGAUUAAACGUCGCCGUCGAUUAAGCGCCGCGGACGGAAGCAAAAUUAUCAAUAAACGUCGCCCUCGAACAAACGCCACACCUAAUUAAAAGACCUUAUUCGAGAAUAAGGAGAAAAAACUCAGUACAACUUGGAAAUCUACACAAUCCAGACAAUUACGAUUGUAUCUCAGCAAAAUAAAAGAGGCUCUGGAACCUUUAAAGUACAUAAUAUUUAAAAAACGACUGGCAAUAACUGUUGUCAGUGAUUUAAGACGCCGCCCUUAUAUAAACACUGCAUUGGAAACGCUGAAAAAUUAAAUAAACGCCGCGGCUUUUAAUCGAAUAAAUACGGUAAUUUCCUUGUACAUUACACUUUUUUGCACCAUAUUUGCCCUGAGCAAAUUUGAUGUAUCCAUAAUUUUUCGUGCAGUGAGUAAUUGUUCACCUUUAAAUGAAGGCAUGUUAUAUUAAAGAGAAAAGAAGGUUGACUGGAGCGAGCUGUGUACUUUCAAAGUUUAAUAUAACUAAACUGAGCAAGUCAGGCACCUCAUAGAGAGGAGUAGUGUGACGUCACGUUACCAUGGUAGCCAAAUUUCUGGAGCACAACAAUUAGGGACAUAGGGAGCUUAAGCAACGACGACGGCGACGGCAACGAGAACGGCAAAAAAGCAAUAGGUUUAUUAAGAAAAACAACAGCUUUACCAAUGCAUCACACUUUUUGUACAUUUCUUAGCCGUUGUUGUACGACUGCGAAAUGAAACUUCCUAAUUAAGGAGUAGGUAAACACAAGACAAAAAUUUUCUUAUUCUUUUUCUUAACUUAGAUAUGGUCCUUUCGGAUUCAACUCCAGAAAAUUUCGCCUAAAAUUGACAAAUUAAAUGAAAUCAAGUAGCAUCGAUGAAGUUUGAAACAGUGGUUGGUUGUCAUCCAGAAAUUUUGAUACCAUGGCAAUGUGAUGAAGCGACUUCUCCCGCUAUUAGAGAUCCCUUUAAAGGCAACCUGUUAUUUUUUUUUUCUCUCUCUUUCUAAAGUACGACUGCCAGCUGACCGGCUGUUUGAAUGGAGGUUCAUGUUUUUUUUCUGAAGUUUCAAAAACCUUUCACUGCGUUUGCAAGGGAGCAUGGAUUGGCGAAUGUUGUAAAGGUAUCAACCCAGCUAUCUGUACAGUUGGCUACUGA